AUGUCUACUUCUGUUCCUGGCGCCACGCAGACCGGCACCGGCGGCGACUCCUUGACGGUCGAUCUCAGUGCCCAGUUCAACGGUGCUGAUAUGGUGUGGGUGGCUAUUUCCGGUGUUAUCGUGUGGAUCAUGGUCCCCGGCGUCGGUUUGUUGUACCUGGGGCUUUCGAGAAAAAAACACGCUCUUUCGCUUAUGUGGGCGUCGCUCAUGGCGCUUUCGCUUACUACUUUCCAGUGGUUCUUCUGGGGCUACUCUCUAUGCUUCUCGCACCUGGACAGUUCGCUGUUUUUGGGCACUUUGGCCAACUUCUGCCUUAUGGACGUGCUUGGCGCUCCCGCUGUCGUCGACUCCUUGCCUGACAUUUUGUUCUGCUUUUUCCAGGGCAUGUUUGCCUGUGUGACUGCCAUUUUGAUGGUGGGUGCUGGCUGCGAAAGAGCCCGUUUGGCGCCCAUGAUGGUGUUCUUGUUCAUCUGGUUGACCGUGGUGUACUGCCCAAUUGCCUACUGGACCUGGGGUGGAAACGGCUGGUUGGCCAACCUCGGAGCCUUGGACUUCGCUGGCGGUGGUCCCGUUCACGAAAAUGCCGGUUUUGCCGCUUUGGCCUACUCCAUGGUUUUGGGUAAGAGACACGAUCCCUUGACCAACGGCAAGGUGCCAAAGUACAAGCCCCACUCGGUCUCGUCCAUUGUGUUGGGUACCGUUUUCUUGUGGUUCGGCUGGUUUGGCUUCAACGGUGGUUCUACCGGUAACGCUUCUAUCAGAUCCUGGUACGCCUGUGUCAACACCCAGAUUGCUGCUGCCUCGGGUGCUUUGACCUGGAUGUUUGUGGACUGGUUCCGUACUGGCGGUAAGUGGUCCACUGUGGGUCUCUGUAUGGGUGCUAUUGCUGGUCUUGUCGGUAUCACCCCAGCUGCUGGUUUCGUGCCAGUGUACACCUCUCUUAUUUUCGGUGUUGUUCCUGCUAUCGCCUGUAACUUUGCCGUGGACCUCAAGAACCUCAUCAGAAUCGACGACGGUAUGGACGUUUUCGCUCUUCACGGAAUUGGUGGUUUCAUCGGUACUUUCAUGACCGGUUUGUUUGCCGCCGACUACAUUGCCAAGUUGGACGGUGCUACCGAAAUUGACGGUGGCUGGAUGAACCAGAACUACAUCCAAUUGGGUUACCAGCUUGCCGCUUCCACCUCCAACGGUGCAUGGUCUUUCAUCGUCACUGCCAUAAUUUUGUUCGCCAUGGACAAGAUCCCAUUCCUUAGAUUGCGCUUGCACGAGGAUGAGGAGUUGAUGGGCGUUGACUUGUCUCAGAUUGGUGAAUUUGCCUACUACGACAGCGACAAUGAGUCUGCCUUGGGCACCAAAAACUCUCCUUACGUUGCCGAGCCAAUCAGAUCCAACGACCCCCGUGUGGCCCAGUUGAGAGCUGCCUCCAACAAGGAGGAGCUUGACGGUGUUACAAAAAAUGGCGAGAAGUUCUCUCCUGAGGAUUCUAGCGAAAAUCACAGUAACAAGCAGUAG